AUGAACGCAGAUACGUGCGUUUCAUACUGCGAUAUGACAUCCAUGGAUUCAUAUUAUAGCCCGUCCACGGCGCAAGGUAGGGAUCAGCAGGCCAAUCCUUUCAGGACAUUCCAGCCAAGUGACAACAAAUACAGCCCCGCUUUCCUCCCCAGCAAAGGUCAAGCUUACGGGGAGAAGUCGCGGAGUCCUUUCCAACAGGAGUGCCAGUCAUUGGAUGCGCCGGGUGGGGAAGGCACCUUUAACAAAUACCACCUCUUCAUGCAGAGACCUACUUGCAAAACACCCCCGGAAGGCAACAAACUUCACCAGGACAGCGGGCACAACGGCGCACUCAUCUCCUGCUAUGGUACUGAGACAGAGAGCAAGGCAAAAUGGAGAAAGCGAGAGCGCUUCGGCCAGAUGCAGCAGGUCCGCACUCACUUCUCCUCUGCCUAUGAGCUGCCUCUUCUCACCCGACCAGAGAACUAUGCACAGAUCCAGAAUCCGUCAUGGAUAGGAGGCGGCAGCGGCGCGUCUCCAGUCCCCGGCUGCGUGGUGCCCUGCGACACCGUGGCGCCCUGCAUGACCCCCCACCCGCACCCUGGCAGUGGCGUGAGCGACUUCCUGGGCGUGCCCAACCCGGGGGGCCACAUGGGACAGACGCACAUGGGCAGCCUGUUCGGGGGCCCCGGCAUGGGCGGAGCCAUCAACGGCUACGUGGACCUCAACGUGGACCCCGACCGCAAGUCGUCCAGCAUCGCCACGCUGCGGAUGAAGGCCAAGGAGCACAGCGCGGCCAUCUCCUGGGCCACAUGAUGCCCUGGAC